AUGAGGCAGUAUUGGUUCUAUGCAAGGGCUUUUAGAGCUUUUCAUGACCAUCCUACAGUUUCUAAGCUCCUUGUCUGCGCAGUCAGUGGUGGGGGUUUGUUGGCAUUUUCUGAGAGCAAGCCAUUCCACUGGGCAUAUGCAGAUUCUGGACAAGGCGAGUGCAAGAAAAAGAAGGUGGUGGUACUUGGAACUGGCUGGGCCGGCACCAGUUUCUUGAAGAAUUUGAAGAAUUCCUCUUAUGAUGUUCAGGUGGUCUCUCCCCGUAACUAUUUUGCGUUUACGCCUCUGUUGCCGAGCGUUACCUGUGGCACAGUCGAGGCACGAAGCAUUGUUGAGCCAAUUCGCAAUAUUGUCAAGAAGAACAUACCUACACACUUUACGGAAGCUGAAUGUUACAAGAUCGAUCCAGCAAAGAAGAAAGUUUAUUGUAAAUCCCAUCAAGCCUCAAAUUUGGAUGGGAAACAAGAUUUUACAGUGGACUACGAUUACCUGGUGAUAGCCAUGGGAGCCCGUGCAAAUACGUUUAACACCCCUGGUGUUGUAGAGAAUGCCCACUUCCUGAAGGAAAUAGAAGAUGCUCAGAGGAUCCGCAGGACUGUAAUUGAUUGUUUUGAAAGAGCAAGUCUUCCUAACCUGAGUGAUGAAGAUAGGAAAAAGAUUCUGCAUUUUGUCAUCGUUGGUGGUGGUCCAACAGGUGUGGAGUUUGCAGCAGAACUUCAUGACUUCAUUAAUGAAGAUUUGGCUCUGCUGUAUCCAAUACUUAGGGGUCUGGUUAAAAUAACACUCCUCGAAGCAGGCGAUCAUAUCUUGAACAUGUUUGACAAAAGAAUCACUGCAUUCGCAGAAGAAAAGUUUCAAAGAGAUGGCAUCCAUUUGAAGACAGGAUCCAUGGUGGUGAAAGUAAAUGACAAAGAAAUUUCUACCAAAGAAAGAGCAACUGGUCAAAAUUUAUCCAUGCCAUAUGGAAUGGUAGUGUGGUCAACUGGCAUUGGCACUCGCCCAGUCAUAAUGGAUUUUAUGAAGCAAAUUGGCCAGACUAAUAGGCGUGCUUUAGCAACUGAUGAGUGGCUGAGGGUGGAAGGCUGUGACAGCAUCUAUGCUCUAGGUGAUUGUGCCACAAUAAAUCAACGUAAAGUCACGGAAGAUAUUUGGGCUAUAUUCAGUAAGGCAGACAAGAACAAUUCUGGCAGUCUAAACCUAGGAGAUUUUAAAGAAGUCAUGAAUGACAUUUGCGAAAGGUACCCUCAAGUGGAGAUCUAUUUGAAGAAGAAGCAGCUGAAAAGUAUUGAUGAUUUGCUGAGUAGUUCUCAGGAGAGACAGUCCAUUGAUAUUGAGUGGUUCAAAGCAGCAUUUUCCAACGUGGAUUCUCAGAUGAAAAACCUACCUGCAACAGCCCAGGUGGCUGCUCAACAAGGUGAAUACUUGGCUAAAUGUUUCAAUCGGAUGGAAGAGUGUGAAAAGUAUCCUGAAGGUCCUCUCAGAUUCAGGGCAGCUGGGCGCCAUCGGUUUCGUCCUUUCAGGUACAGAGUUGAACUUUUGUUGGUGGUUUUGUUGUCAUAUUCUGAUGAAGGUUUCUAUAAUCACAGGUACAAGCAUUUGGGGCAAUUUGCUCCAUUGGGAGGAGAACAAACUGCAGCUCAACUGCCCGGUGACUGGGUUUCUAUUGGUCAUAGCACCCAAUGGCUUUGGUAUUCAGUUUAUGCAAGCAAGCUAGUCAGUUGGCGCACAAGAACACUGGUGGUGUCUGACUGGGGAAGACGAUUCAUUUUUGGAAGGGACUCAAGCCGGAUCUGAGGCCAGCAGCAGCAGCACAAGCCAACUCCAUCUAAAUACUCUCGUAUAUU